AUGUGAAACCAGAUGGCAGGGCACUCAAUCAGCUGUUCUUGACAUCAUCUUCUGUUUGUAAACAUUAAGCAAACUCAAACUUUUGAUUAUAUUUGAAGGUGAAUUGAGUGAGUUUGAAGGAAAAAGGGUGUAAAUAGAACAUUAUUUCAAAAUGAGUUUUGAUGAUAUAAUUUAUCUGUUUUUCUUGAUGUUCUCUAUCGGAUUUGGUACUUACUAUCGGAAAAUUGAGAACCCAAAAUCAAGAAAACACAUCGGAGCAGCAGUAGGGUUUCUCAUUGUUUUAGCAGUCUCUCGGCUGCAUUCGAUUCAUAUAUUAAUUACUAUUUUGGUAAAUGGGGCAAUUAUUUUGUAUGUUGAUAAGAGGUUCUGCCAUUUAGUAAGUUUUUUUCUCUCAUUUGUUUACUUAAUAUUUCUUCGAACAACUGUAUAUUUUGGACUUCCCUAUUCCAUUCCAAGCCACACUAAUUUGAUACAAAUGAUUCUUACAUUGAAGCUUGUAGGUUUAGCAUUCGAAGUAAACUCAGCCUACACUAAAAAAGCCCAAAAUAAAGCCACACCAGCAUUGAAAAAUGAGGCGGAAACCGAAAUAGGGGAUGACUAUGUUUUGGAUUUUUCCCACGUAUUUUAUUACGCGUUAAAUUACGUAGGUGUUUUAACAGGCCCCUACUACAAUUAUAGAACUUUCUAUGAUCACUUAUACAAACCAUUCCAUCAGUAUGAUGACUAUAAAACUGCUGCCUUGAAAAAGUUCUUCCCGUUAGUGCCAAUUUAUGCGAUUGUGUAUUUAUUAACCGACUAUCUUUGGCCCUUGUCGUACACGCAGUCCCAAGACUUUGAAGAAAGGUCUUUCUUGUACAGAUACUGGUACAUUUGGCCUACGUUUUUAAACUUUAGGGCCCGAAUCUACAUAGGGCUGACUCUAUCAGAAUGUUCAUGUAUAAUGGCCGGACUUGGGGUGUAUCCCGAUUUUGCUAACAGUCAGCCCGGGAAUGGUCCAACUACAAACUUUAACAAACUUACGGAAAUUUGUCAUUCAACGACGACCUUAAAAAGUACAAAAUAUGAUUACGAAACCGUCUAUAACAUAAACUCAUAUGGUACGGAAUUGUACCCCACUUUGAGAGAAGGGAUGAAGAAUUGGAACAUGACCGUCCAAUAUUGGUUGGCCACUUGCAUCUACAAAAGGUUUCCAAGCAAAAAAUAUAGAACAUUUGCCACUAUGUUCGUUUCUGGAGUCUGGCAUGGCGUCUACUCGGGUUAUUAUAUAUCCGUAGGCAUGAUUCCCUUUGGGCUGAUUGUGGAAGACAUUUGGGCUCACGUUUUAUUGAAAGAUGAUUUUUAUCUGCCGAAGAAAGUUGGCUAUGUGAUCAUGCUCUUCCUUAAGAUGCAGUUCUUCUCAUACGCGGCCUUAGCGUUCAGCUUAUUGGAUGUGGGAAAAAUUAUGCACUACUACAAUCUGGUAUAUCAUUGGAUGGUUCCAUUUUACGUCUUCAUGUUCUUCCUUGGAAAACACUUGUUAAAGUUGAAGAAGACAGGUAAUAAAAGUGAAGAAAGUAUUUUGCCCGCUAGCACAAAAUCGGGAGAUCGAAAAAAGCAAAUCUGAAAUACCGGAUAAGUUUAGUUAAUGUACAAUUUACAGAGUGAACCUGCGAAGAGCAUUUUUCAUGAGUCCUAAAAACGUACACGUAAGACGUGGUGGUUUUACGCAAAAUUCUCUUUCUGAUAUUUCAGUUAUGGGAGUUUGAUUUUUAUCAAUGUUUGAUGUUGUUUCAAAGUUUGAUGGGAAGUUGAUUUUUAUCAAUGGAUUAACCUAUUUUAUGUUGGUAUAUAAGUAAUCAUGUGUAUUUUUUUUCGAAAGUACCAUAAAGAAACUUUCUAUUUGCUUGCAAUAGGGUCUUGGGUCGCUUCUCUGAUUCACCCCGCAUAUCGGUGUUAAUUAUUUUGCCAAUUUCUAGUCAAUGGAAAUCGACACAUUUAUAAUAUUUCUAUAUUUAUAUAACUGGCCGAUUUGGGUUCAUUUUAUUAAUAGACAUUGUUAUUUAGUUCUAGUUAGAUUUGUGUAUCUGUAAAUAGACUGAGAAUAAGCUCGUCAUGUUUAUAGUACGAUCAAACUAAUAAACUGAUGGUAUUCUGUA